GGCGCUGCGGAACCGAUGUGCGGCGGAACCGAUGUGUGUCGGAACCGCUGUGUGUCGGAACCGAUGUGUGUCGGAACCGAUGUGUGGCGGAACGGAACCGCACGGGGACAGGGGGGCGGUGGGAGCACCGGACCAGCGGGAGCCGAUCUCGCGAGAGGCGCGCUGUGUUCUCGCGAGAGCUCGGCGGUGCCGGUGCCCUUGUACAUGAUGGCCGGGUACUGGGACGGGCCCGAGGGCGAGCGCUGCCCGGAGCGCACGUGGCUGAGCACGAGGGUGGGCGCCGCCGCCGGCCUGCUCGGCUCGGCCUAUCGCAUCAUCCUGCUCCGGCCCGGCUCCGCGCUCGCUGCGCUGCAGAUGGCGGCGUCCGACACGGUGACGAUGGCGACGCUGGGCGCCGUGUUCGGGGUGACCACCUGCAUCAGCGCUCAGCUGCGGGAUGAGCACGACAGCCCCCUGGACUAUUUCAUUGGGGGCUGCACCACAGGAGCCGUCUUAGGAGCCAGAGCUCACAGUUACAUGACCGGAACCGUCGCGUGUUUGGGCCUCGGAACUGCUGCUGCAUUGAUGAAGAUAGGGAAUAAGGAAGGCUGGAGGCUGACGGGGCCCCCCAAGCUGUAACUGUGCCAUUCCACCCUGUGAGCUGGAUCCUGAGUGCUGUGUGCAAUGAGACGCUGUGUAAUAAAGUGCUGACAACCGGGAGCAUCGUCCUGGUGCCGAU